UCUAGUCCCAUCUCCAUAGGACGCGACUAGCAAGGACGCGUCCUAGCAAGGCUGCAGCCUUCACUUUGGGAAACAGCCCCAGCCCAGGAAAAGCUCAUCCAGGUCAUGUGGUCACUCUACGUCACAGGACGCGGAAGUAAUACUCAAAAAAUGGCAGCGUCCUUGACAGGCAUGUUAUUACUGCACUGAAGUUAUAAACAUGCUGUUAAGGUACAUUUCAAUAUCAAAGACAUUUUGUAUCAGCUGACAAGACGGAACAUAACAUACCAUGGAAAAACAAGCGUUUAUUGCGUCCUUAACGGCGGGGGGCUGUGCAGGGAUGUGUGUGGAUCUGGCACUCUUCCCCCUGGACACCAUGAAGACCAGGCUGCAGAGCCAGCAGGGCUUCUACAAGGCGGGGGGCUUCAGAGGGAUCUAUGCUGGGGUCCCGUCUGCUGCCAUUGGCUCCUUCCCUAACGCCGCUGCUUUCUUCGUCACCUACGACUGCACCAAGUCCCUGCUCGGCAGAGGCCAGGACGCGGCACGCAUGGCACCUGUCAAUCACAUGUUGGCUGCCUCCCUGGGAGAAGUGGUGGCUUGUCUGAUCCGGGUGCCCACAGAGGUGGUGAAGCAGAGGACCCAGGCCUCCCCCUCCUCCACCACAUACCAGAUGCUGCUGGCCACGCUCCGGGAAGAGGGUGUCAGAGGCUUGUAUCGAGGGUACAGAAGCACAGUUCUCCGAGAGAUCCCGUUCUCGCUGGUGCAGUUCCCUCUGUGGGAGCAUUUGAAGACUCUCUGGUCAGAGAGGCAAGGUCACGCGCUCUACUCCUGGCAGGCUGCGGUGUGCGGAGCCCUUGCAGGUGCAGUGGCAGCUUUUGUCACAACGCCCCUGGACGUGGCCAAGACCAGGAUUAUGUUAGCAAAGGCUGGAACGGCCACUGCGAACGGGAACAUCCCAACGGUCCUUCUUGAUGUGUGGAAGAGCCGAGGACUUUCUGGGCUGUUUGCGGGCAGCAUACCCAGGGUGACCUUCAUCAGCAUGGGCGGCUUCAUCUUCCUGGGAGCGUACGAGAAGGUGCGCAGCACCAUGCUAUAGCGUCUCCGAGCCCGAGCCAAGACACGCCACAAACAAAACGCACAAGGACACUCCUCCGCUCCCCGCAGACACGCCUCAACUGGACCGAGGCCAGGCAGCACCCUCAGUUCCCUGGAGGCCCGACGCCUCCACUCAGCUCCCCCCCCCCCUACCCCUCCAUCCCUGCACAUCCUGCAGGGCUACUCGGCCCCGUCAUCCACACCCAGGCACACAGCGCUCUGGGCCAGAGCUCAGGGAGCAGGGACACCUGGUGCUGUGUGGAGGGCCAUCCAUCCGACGGAUCACGUUACCCCCGUGGCUUUGCAUUCCUGCUCAUCAGCAGCACACUGCGGACGGGCUUGAAGUCCGCCGGGGCGGUCAUUUCUUCCCUCCCGACUGAAAGCGAACACCCGUCCCAUAUGACUCAUUUACCAGAGAGACUACAGUGUCCGGAGCAUCUGUGUGGGCUGAAUGACUUGCAUCUUGUUAUGGCUUCGCCCUUUUCUUUAUUUUAGUGUUUAGAUGAUGGCCUGGUGAUUACUUUUGUUAUGUUAUCGACGGAGCUACCGAUGCUGAUUUCUACCCCACUUCGGAUGAAGACCGAGGGGGCAUUAAGAUCUUUUAUGGCUCCCUCCAGCAAUGACUUGGCACUUAAGUCUGCGGCGAGCCAGGCCACCUGUUUUUAAGACCCACUGGGGGGGAGAAGAGUCAUAUCUCAGUGUUUAACCAGUCCCACAGGAGCAACUCUGAGCUCAUCCACCUGCAAGAGCUUUCAUUUCAUAAGAAGAGGCCCGCAAGAAUGUCCCGUCCAACCAUCACUUGAAUAUCUAUUUCAAUCAUUGCAUUUUUAGAGUCAUCGUCUCUCCCACAUAGACAGGAAUACUCAUGAGGUUAUCGUUUGUUGUGGCUAGUUUGACUUCAUAAAUUAUGGUUUAAUUAUUGUUAGUCCUAUUAUUGUAUACCUCCAUUACACUAACAUCUUUGCGGCCGAAUAUGUGCACACAUGAUUUGAUUUAUGAGUGCAGUAUUUAUCUGGGGUUAUUAAAAGCCAGUGAGUGAGCCACAAUGUGUAUGGUUUAUUUUGUCUAUGGGUGUGACUGUGUUCCCCGGGGCUAGACAGUCCUGCCUUGUAAGAGGUUAUGCUUUUCUCUGGGUUAGAUGGUCCUGUCAGAGGGUAUGCUUUUCUCUGGGUUAGAUGGUCCUGUCAGAGGGUAUGCUUUUCUCUGGGUUAGAUGGUCCUGUCAGAGGGUAUGACGUUCUCUAGGUUAGACAGUCCUGUCAGAGGGUAUGAUGUCCUCUGGGUUAGAUGGUCCCGUCAGAGGGUAUGACGUUCUCUGGGUUAGACGGUCUUGUAAGAGGGUAUGAUGUUCUCUGGGUUAGACAGUCCUGUCAGAGGGUCAGGGAGACGAAUAGCCUCACAGGUGGAAGUGUUUGUCACGAGGUUGGUCAUGGACAACAUCCAUGGCCGGCUUGUGAUUGGUGGAGGGCCGGUGCUGGGUGGGGUGUCAAUCAUCAUAGGGACAAACAUCAGUGUGGAAUGCACAUUCUAGGCAGGCACUG